GUCUUUGUUAUGAUGGUUUUACCUCCGUUUGGUUAUGUAAUCAGCGAGCAGAAUUUUGUAAUUCUGGCGGCGUCUGCGUUAAAUCGCAUGCAAAGGAAAACUUAAUUGCAUCGGGAAAGAUCAACACUGAAAGAUGUCUAAAAGGAAAAGUACGGGAAUUGCUGCAGUUAAAGAUGACGAAAAGAAACCAAAAUUGGACAGCUUUGUGGCCACCCGUCGACAGUCGGCGCGCAGAAGUACGGCCAAGGCGCAGGAACUCAUCAAGAAACAGGCUGCUGCAGACUCAGAGGACGAGGAAUUGUCCCUUUUGGACUCUGAUGACGAAUUCGUCAUUCCCACAGGAGGAAAGGACGAGCGAAGCAAUGGGUUGGUGGUCCAGCCUGUCAACAGCUUCCUGUCCUCAGAGUCGGCUGACAGCUCGGAGGACGAAAAUAAAGGAGCCAACCUGAAGGUCAACCACAGGAAAAUCAAAACCAUAAAGCCUAAAACUGAGCCGCUGGCAAAGAAGUCUUCCAGAAGCGUCCUGAGUUCGGACUCGGAGGAGGAUUUUGAAGAUGUGGUGGCACCUCCCUCACCUAAAAAAACCACCGAAUCAAAGAUUUUGGCCGAGGUCUCAACAUUAACAGACUCCGAGUCUGACCUGGAAGAUGUGCCAACUCAAAACCUCCAAGAGCUCUUCCCUUUACUUGCCAAGCAAGAGGAGCUGAAGGCUAUGGAGAAAAAGGUCAAAGAAGACGGGGACAAAAAGUUAAAGAAGUCGAAAGUUCAAACUCUGGACGUUUCUCAACUGCUGGCCAUGGGAGAAACUCAAGAGCCGGUCCCUUCGACCAGCAAGUCAGAAACAAAAAGUAAAAAAUCUGCAAAAACAAAUAAAAAGCUGAAAGUUGAUUCGGACGAGUCGGACUGGGAAGAAGUCGAACAUGGGCCUGAACAAACCAUUCCUAAGGAGGGAGUGGAGGUGAAAAUCGAGACGACAAAUGGGCUGAAGAGGAAGAAGACCAAGACCAUGGACUUGGAGGCCAUCAUCAAGAGGAGGAUCAACCAAAUUCGCAGGGAGAAGCAGGUGGAGCUGCACAAAGCGUCUCUCCUGUGCCAUUUGAGCCAUGGAAUGGUCGUAAACAAGCAGCUCAACUCGCCCUCGUUGAUGGCCGUGGCUUUGUCCAUCUUGCAUUCGCAGCACUGCUACCCACCCAAGAAGAGUGAUCUGAAUUACCUCGAGAAGAUUGCCUCUUGGUUUCACAAAAAGGUUUCGGUGGCAGAUGUGAAAGAUGACCCUGAUAAGACUUUGGUCCAGCUGUUGGAACUUGCUUUCCAGGUAAUGAAAGCUCCAAACAAAAGGAUUCUCGUCCUCAUGUUUGUGACUUUGAUGCGUUCGCUCGGCCUCAAGACCAGGCUCAUCAUCUCUCUUCAGCCACUUCCAUUGAAACCAAAGCCUCAGGAUCUACUCACAGUUUUGCCAAAGCCAGAAGUGAAGCUUGGAGACAAGAAAAAGCAAAGUAUCGAGGCCAAGAAGACAAAUGAGAAGACUUCGAAGGCAAAUGAAAAAGCUCCGAAGAAGUCUAAAAAAGAAGUCAAAUCCAAAUCUGGGCCGCCAAAAUCAAAAAGGUCCAAAAAGGAAAGAGAGAGCAAGUAUUUCUCUUCAGACAAAUCAGAGUCGAGUCCUGACGUUUCUCAGAAAUUAAAAUCGCUGAGAGCAAGGAAGAACAAAAAGUACGAAGAGGAGUUGACGGAGGAAUCUGAAUCUGAUGAUCACAUGCCAAAAACAACAAAAGGAAAAAGAAAAGCAAAAGUAGGACAUAACGACAAGGAAGAUUUCAAGCCGCAGGUUCUGAAAGUUGUGAAAAACUCGAGAAUUGCAGUCAAAGACAGGAGGGUCCUCUCUUCAGAAUCAGAAACACCAAACUCGCCUAAACCAUCAAAAAUGGGCAAUGAUUUCUGGGUAGAGGUCUUUGCCGAGAUGGAGGAAAAGUGGAUUUCGAUCGACGUUAUUACUGGAAAAGUGCAUUGCGUCGAACACCUGCACUCAAAAGCAACUUCACCUGUCCUCUAUGUGAUGGGAUUCAACCAAAACAAUGCGAUUCGAGACCUGACUCGGCGCUACUGCCCCCAGUACCACACCUCGACUCGCAAGAAUCGAGUUGACCAGGAGUGGUGGGAAGAGGCCAUUGUACCAUUUUACGGAAAGAAAACUGCUGUUGACAAAGAGGAGGAGGAGGAAUUGGAGAAGCAGCUGCAAGACCGUCCAGUACCUAAAACCUUAUCCGAGCUCAAGAAUCAUCCUCUCUACGUCCUGAAGAGGCACUUGCUCAAGUACGAAGCGAUUUACCCACCCGAUGCUCCACCCCUUGGAUUCUUCAAAGACGAGCCAAUCUACGCCCGGGAGUGUGUUUUCAUUCUGAGGUCCAGGGAGACUUGGGUGAAAGAGGCCAAGGUCGUCAAACCCAAACAGGAGCCGUACAAAGUCGUCAAGUCUCGACCAAAAUACGAUAGGAUGAGUGGUCAGAUGCUGGAGAGCCAACCUUUGGAGAUCUUUGGCCCCUGGCAAACUGAGGACUAUGUCCCGCCGGCAGCCGAGGAUGGAAAAGUUCCUCGCAAUGAGUACGGAAAUGUGGAACUCUUCAAGCCCUGCAUGCUACCCAAAGGAACAGUCCAUUUGAAGUUGAGUAACUUGAACAGAAUUGCCAAAAAGCUCGGCAUCGACUGUGCUCCUGCCAUGACUGGAUUUGAUUUCCACUGCGGAGGCAGUCACCCUGUAUUUGAAGGCUUUGUUGUUUGUGAAGAAUUCAAGGACAUGCUGAUCGACGCUCACCGUCAAGAAGAGGAAGAAAGAGAGAAAAGGGGUGAGGAAAAGCGGUUGAAACGAAUCUACGGAAACUGGAGGAAACUUGUGAGGGGUCUGAUGAUCCGAGAGAACUUGAUGAAAAAGUACGACUUUGGCCAAGAGGCAGCUGAAGAGAAGAAAAAGUCAAAGAGCUCAAAGAAGGCAGUGGCAUCCACUUCCAAGGUGCCUCUGAAGCAAAAACAGCCAAGCAAGAGGAAAAAAGACAGUGAUGAUGAGACCUCUGAUUCCUCUUAAAAGGUCUGUCUUUACUCAUUUUGCAAGAAUUUAUCCUACAAAAUCAAAGCAAUCAAAUUAUAUUUGAAAGCUAAAUCAUUCCUUUGUGAUGAGUAUUUCAAUAUUUUCAUUAUUUCUUGAAGAAAUGUUGCAGUAUUUUUCCUGAUGAAUUUAACAAAAAAAAAUUUGGAAACAUCGUCUUGUUUAAUCAUUUGUAAAAUGGAACAAGCAAAAAUAAAAUGUAACAAUUUU